AGUUUCUGCAUUCAGAAGUCAUCAUGGGCAAAUCCAAUCUGGAACUCGUCGGCGAAUGCGAUAAUUUCCCCUACUACGAGGAUGAUCGCGCCGCAUACACGGAGAACCUGAACAACUACCAUGCAUUCAAAGUAUCCGGAUAUGAUUGUACACUCGGCUACAUCCUAAAUGCAGUCGUCGAGAAAUUCCCCUGGUCAGCACAAAGCUGGGCCAUCGACUCAACCGCGCAGACCGUGACGCUAGUGACACCCGCAGGAGCCACCCCCGCACACCGGAGCAAGAUCGUCGCAGCAGACAUAGCCGAAGCCGUGAAACAAGCCAAAUUCGAAGUUCUGCAAGGCUGGCGCAAUGAGAACUACGCAGUCUACGGCCCGGGCGGAGAAUUCCUCCUCGAGAUGGAGCGCGCCGCAACCCCGCUCUUCGGCAUCGUCUCCUACGGCGCCCAUCUAACAGGCUACGUGCAGGAUGAAUCCGGCAUCAAGAUCUGGGUACCGCGCCGCGCAAAGAACAAGCAAACCUACCCAAGCCUCCUUGAUAACACCGUCGCCGGCGGCAUGUGCACCGGCGAGACGCCGUUUGAGUGUAUCGUCCGCGAAGCUAUGGAAGAGGCAUCCUUGCCUGAGGCGGCGGUGCGCGCUGCGACUCUCUCUGCGGGUUGUGUUACGUACUCGCAUGUGCGGGAUGUGCGUGCGGGCGGCGAGACGGGCCUCAUUCAGCCUGAGGUUGAGUAUAUAUACGAUCUUAAGCUUGAUGCUGAGACUAUUCCGAAACCUGGUGAUAAUGAGGUCGAGGAAUUCAAAUUGCUGUCGAUUCCGGAGGUGCGGACGGCUUUGGCGCGUGGCGAGUUCAAGCCCAAUUGUGCUAAUAUCAUGAUUGAUUUCUUUGUGAGGCAUGGGCUGCUGACGCCGGAGAAUGAGCCUGAUUUCUUGCAGAUCGUUGCUAGGUUGCAUCGUCGCUUGGAGUACCCGACUGCUUCGCAUUGCGUGCGGUAG